AUGUCUCCUUCCUUAUCGCGUCUCUUCACUCCCCUUCCCAGCUUCUCCGCUUCAUCAUCUUCUUCUUCUUCUUCUUCUUCAUCUACUUCUCAUCAAUAUUCACACUUCCACCCACAACUCAAACUCCAAUUCAAACCUAUUUCACCAAAACCCUCAUCUUUCACCCCGCACUUCCAUACCCGAAAUCAUCAAAAACUGACUCAACGCAAUGUGUUCAACGAAGGACUUAGCGGAAGCUUUGAAGAAGAGACUUUCAACUCCAUGGAAGAUAAACAAUUCGUGCGUUCGUUUCGUGAAGCAUGGCCUUACCUUUGGGUUUUUCGAGGAAGCACCUUUGUUAUCAUCAUCUCCGGUGAAAUUGUCGCUAGUCCUUACUUCGAUCCCAUUCUCAAGGAUAUAGCUUUUCUUCAUCAUCUUGGAAUUCGGUUUGUUCUUGUUCCUGGUACUCAUGUGCAAAUUGACAAGCUUUUGGCAGAGAGAGGGAGCAAGCCUAAGUAUUUUGGGAGAUAUAGAAUAACCGAUGAUCCAUCUCUUGAAGCUGCAAUGGAAGCAGCAGGAGGAAUAAGAUUGAUGAUGGAAGCUAAACUUUCACCGGGACCUUCCAUAUGUAAUAUUCGUAGACAUGGUGAUAAUAGUCGGUGGCAUGAUGUUGGUGUCAGUGUUGCAAGUGGUAACUUUCUUGCAGCCAAGAGAAGAGGGGUUGUCGAUGGAAUUGAUUAUGGGUCAACUGGGGAAGUUAAAAAAGUAGAUGCAAUCCGCAUGCGUGAGAGACUUGAUGGUGGUUGUAUAGUUAUAUUAACCAACUUGGGCUACUCCAGCUCUGGAGAAGUUUUGAAUUGCAACACCUAUGAAGUAGCAACAGCUUGUGCCUUGGCUAUAGGAGCAGACAAGUUAAUAUGUGUCAUAGAUGGCCCAAUACUUGAUGAGAAUGAACGCCUUAUUCGUUUCUUGCCUCUUGAAGAAGCAGACAUGUUAAUUCGUAAACGAGCUAAGCAAAGUGAAACAGCUGCUACCUAUGUCAAAACUGUAGACGAAGAAGGUUUUAAUCAUGUUGAGCAUAACAAUUUUAAUGGGACAGUCAAAUCUCCACCUAAUGGAAAGCACAUUACAGAAUGGCGUAAAGCAUCUUUCCAUAAUGGUGUUGGUUUUGAGAAUGGAGAUGGCUUAGGGAAUAGCGAGCAAGGCUUUGCUAUUGGAGGUCAAGAAAGGCUAAGUCGAAUGAACGGUUACUUGUCAGAAUUGGCUGCUGCAGCUUUUGUUUGCAGAGGUGGGGUUCAAAGAGUUCACUUGUUGGAUGGCACUAUUAGUGGAGUUUUACUGUUGGAAUUGUUUAAAAGAGAUGGAAUGGGAACUAUGGUGGCAAGUGACCUUUAUGAAGGCACUCGAAUGGCACAGGAAAAAGAUCUUUCUGGAAUAAAACAAAUUAUGCAGCCUUUGGCGGCAUCUGGCAUACUGGUUAAGCGGACUGACGAAGAGCUGUUACAAGCAUUGGAUAAUUUUGUUGUUGUGGAAAGAGAAGGUCAAAUAAUUGCCUGUGGUGGUCUUUUCCCUUACUUUGAGGAGAAAUGUGCAGAGGUUGCUGCAAUUGCAGUAUCUCCUGAUUGUCGAGGCCAAGGACAAGGAGACAAAUUGCUUGAUUAUAUGGAAAAGAAAGCAGCAUUUCUUGGAUUGAAUAAGCUUUUCCUACUUACAACUCGCACGGCAGAUUGGUUCGUGAGGCGGGGAUUUUCAGAAUGUUCAAUUGAUUGUAUUCCUGAAAAGAAGAAGAAAACAAUAAACCUGUCCCGCAAUUCCAAGUAUUAUAUGAAGGAGCUUCUACCAAAUAAGAGUGGGAUUACAAUUGGUGGAAACAAAUUUGCUUCAAAUUAG